GGCGAGGGCGAGGGCGAGGGCGGGGGCAGGGGCGGCGGGCGGCCCGCGGCUGAGGAGGCCGCUGCCUCCCUGGGCCUGCCGGGGCGGCCGCCUCCGCGAUGCCGCUACUCGUGGAGGGGCGGCGAGUGAGGCUGCCGCAGUCUGCUGGGGACCUCGUCCGAGCCCACCCGCUUCUGGAGGAAAGAGCCAGACUUCUCAGAGGUCAGUCUGUUCAACAAGUGGGACCCCAGGGCCUUCUGUAUGUUCAGCAAAGAGAGCUUGCAGUGACCUCCCCAAAGGAUGGCUCCAUCUCCAUUCUGGGUUCUGAUGAUGCCACCACUUGUCACAUUGUGGUCCUGAGGCACACAGGUAAUGGGGCUACCUGCUUGACACAUUGUGACGGAACUGACACCAAAGCUGAGGUCCCCUUGAUCAUGAACUCCAUAAAAUCCUUUUCCGACCACACUCAAUGUGGAAGGCUAGAAGUGCACCUCGUGGGCGGCUUCAGUGAUGACAGGCAGUUGUCACAAAAACUGACGCAUCAGCUUCUUAGUGAAUUUGACAGACAGGAAGAUGACAUUCACUUGGUGACAUUAUGUGUGACAGAAUUAAAUGACCGGGAAGAAAAUGAAAACCACUUUCCAGUAAUUUAUGGCAUUGCUGUCAACAUCAAAACCUCAGAGAUCUACAGAGCCUCCUUCCAAGACCGAGGUCCGGAGGAGGAGCUACGUGCCGCACGAGCUUUGACAGGAGGACCAAUGAUUAGUAUUUACGAUGCAAAGACAGAACAACUUCGUAUAGGACCAUAUUCCUGGAUGCCAUUUCCCCAUGUGGAUUUCUGGUUGCAGCAAGAUGAUAAGCAAAUACUAGAGAACCUUUCCACAUCACCUCUGGCUGAGCCCCCCCACUUUGUUGAACAUAUCAGAUCUACCUUGAUGUUUUUAAAGAAAUACCCUUCUCCAGCUAACAUGCUGUUUCCUGGAAAUAAGGCUCUACUCUACAAAAAAAAUGAAGAUGGCUUAUGGGAAAAGAUCUCUUCUCCAGGAAGCUAAAAAUAAAUAGGAAUUACCAAAGAAAGCAACUUUUUGGCAUGACAAAAGACCACUGGUGGAGGUAGGAAAGAAUAUGAAUUUGGAAUCUACAUCCAUUCAGUCUUAGGUCUCUUUCCUUGCUCCGUGUUUUUCAAAUGACUUUAAAAUAAAAUCUUAUUUUGGCAAAGGCA